UUUUUUUUCGCGCGCUCUGCGAUUUGGGGCCGCCGGUUCCUGCUUGGAGUCUGGAGGAAUUUCUGUGACUCUCCUUUUCCUUUCUGGCAGCAAGAGGGAACGGUGGCGAAGGCCGGUGUGCAGAUGAAGGACCUGCUGCAGUAGCGGGCAAUGUGGGCUCCUGUCCGGGUGCAGCUGCAGCCCCACAAGGACGUUGGCCGAGAGCUGCGCUGCAGCUGAGCCAAGGGCUCCUCCGCUCGUCACUCCCGCCGCGAUCGGCCACCCUUUUCCAAGCGGGGGAAGAAAAAAAAAAGCAGAAGCUGCGAUCGGUGCCUCUGACGGCCCCCCCCCCCUUCCUCCCGCAAAAGCCAGUCUUAGUCUCCGGAGGAAGGCUGCUGUUUUACACACACACACACCACUCAAGGAUUGAGGCCAUUCUGGCGGAAGGGUGCGAAGGGGGGCUAGAUCUGGGGUUUAACAAUGGUGGGGCUUCUGGUGAGCUCCUGCUGCGCCCUGGCCGCGUCGGUGCUGCUCCAUCCCGGUUUCGGAUCUCGGUGAGGAAAAAAUGAACGAAGAGACGGCGAAUUCUAACCAUGAUAAUAGUUAUGCCCGUGUGCGAGCUGUGGUGAUGACCCGUGAUGACUCAAGUGGUGGAUGGUUACCACUUGCAGGGGGUGGACUAAGCUGCGUCACCAUUUUCAAAGUCAUUCACCAAGAAGAAAGUGGCUGUGCUGAUUUUCUUAUACAUGGGGAACGUCUCAGGGAUAAAACGGUGGUUUUGGAGUGUACGUUAAAGAAGGAGCUUAUUUACAAUAAGGUUACGCCAACUUUUCACCACUGGAAGAUUGAUGAAAAAAAAUUUGGCCUCACAUUUCAAAGUCCCGCUGAUGCAAGAGCGUUUGAUAGAGGAAUUCGUAGGGCUGUUGAAGAUAUAUCUCAAGGUUGUUCAACCUCACAUGAUGAAAUCGAAGUGCCUGCAGAUGGCUUUCCAGAAAUUCCAGAAAAUACGUCAAGUUUGCUAAUGAAAGAUCCGAUUUUCCAACAUGAAUCUCUAGCAAGCAACGAUCCUCACAAAACCUUAUGUAUAAGACCCUCGGUCUUUGAAGAUUUGAACACCAGAAGAUUGUACUUCCACAACCAGCCAAACCAGAUACCCCAGAAACCAGUCAGGAGCGUCACUUUUCAGGACGAAGAAGAAAUUGUUCGGAUAAACCCUCGUGAUAUUCUAAUACGUCGCUAUGCAGACUAUCGGCAUCCUGAUAUGUGGAAAAAUGACUUGGAUAGGGAUGAAAUAGAUUCCUCGCUGCACUGCCCUAAAGCAGACCAUAAAAAAUCGGACUAUCUCUACCCAUCUGGAGAUGGACCUAAACUGAAUUCCCUAAAAGAUUCUAAGAGUUCUGUGGUACUCAAAACACAGCCUUCUUCUAUCAAAUUGAAAAAAUCCAAAAAAAGGAAAGAGGAUGGUGAGCGCUCUCGAUGCAUAUACUGUCAAGAAAGGUUUAACCAUGAAGAGAACAGGCGGGGCAAAUGCCAAGAUGCUCCAGAUCCGAUUAGAAGAUGCAUAUACCAAGUUAGCUGCAUGCUUUGUGCCGAGAGCAUGCUCUACCACUGCAUGUCAGACUCUGAAGGGGACUUCUCUGACCCUUGCUCCUGCGACACGAGUGACGACAAGUUUUGCCUACGAUGGCUGGCCCUCGUCACUUUGUCAUUCAUUGCGCCAUGUAUGUGCUGCUACCUCCCGCUGAGAGCGUGCCACCACUGUGGCGAAAUCUGUGGAUGCUGUGGAGGAAAACAUAAGGCUGCAGGAUGAAUCAGUCCGGGUGCAAAAAUGAGCUGACAAGUCUUUAUUGCUGGGAAGUAUCUAAUUCAUGGAAGCACUUGGCAUGCAGAAGGGAAAAACCCACCCUCUAGGAAAGGCCUCUUGUGGAAGACGUGUCUAAACUGCGGCAUUUGACCAAUGCAAGCCAUGCCUAAUCUACUUUUUAAGUGCAUAGACAAGUGGUGAAGGAGUUUUUGCAACCUGAAAGCUUUUUCUUCUUCCGACUGGUCUUUGAAAGAAGUAUAAACUCUGCAGUUUACUUCAGCACUCUGUACAUUUUUGUGCUAUAGGUGAUGGGGAGGGGGGGAGAACACUCUUUUGAAAUAAUCCAUUUGGCAGAAAACUUAACUAAACCUGCACUAGGGAAAGCUGAUUGAAAACUAAAGGAAGUUAAUGUCUUGGCAGAUAUGAAAAAUUAAAUUGAUUUUCAGUGCAACUAAAUUACUUAUAAAUAGUUUUGGGAAACAGUUUUAUGUACAAAUAACAAAUGUUUAUAUUUAACAAAAUAUAUGGUACAAAUUGUUAAAUCUUUCUUCCACUUUCCAGUUCAGCAGUUAUGGACCUUGUUUUCCAGGCACAUUCCGUGAUAGUAUUUCUCAGUUUUAAAUACUUAGUAUUUUUAUUCAAAUAGAGAAAUCAAUAUUUUCAGUCUUAUUUCCCUUCAACUACAUUUUUGUAUUAAUUUUCUUCUGUACAUUCUGGUAAUCUGAAAGCCUUUAAAUAUUAAUUAUUGUAGUCUUGAAUGACCAAUGUUUUGUUAAGCACAGAUAUAAUUGUCUAAUGCUCUUAUGAGAACAUAACAUUUAUUUUUAUAUAUAAAUAACUCUAAUUUCAAUGUAAUGGCAAGAUUUUACCCCUCCCUUUCUCACAGCCAGCAGAUUUUCUUUUAGGAUUUCCUCCUAAAAAUGUUGAUGACAGAUGUUUGCGAAGAGAAAAUUACCACUUCAAAAUUGUUUAAAAUAUAUGCUUAUAACUUUGUUUCAACUUGGUGCCAGUUAUUUCUUUAUAUGUUUCCAUUAUUUUACUUUUAUUUGACCUACCACAAGUUAAACUUAUGCUAUAUGACAAAUUGUAGUCCAGGUAGGAAAAAACAAGUUAAUUUCUUGUUGAAUGAAAAUGGAUUUUAUUUUGUCUUUGAGUUGUAGCAUAUUAAUGAAUAUAUUUAACUUAACAUUUGGCUGUGUGUUCUAAAUGCCAUUUCUGGUAAUUCCUAAAUGUUAUCUAUCAUAUGGCAUAAUAACAUAAUUAAACAUAGAGGAUUUUUAUUAAUAAAAGUUUAAAGCAGUGAAGCAGUCAUUCAUUCAAAAAAGUUAAAGGAUGUGGAGAAGGGAGUAAAAUAUGUCUUUAAUAUGUUUUUGGAUUAAAAUUAAAAUUUCACAAUUUUUAAUAUCUGUCUUUCUUCAGAAAAAUAUACAUAUUGAUUUUGUUUUCUUUGGAUCAUGUUCCAUCAUACAGUUCCACCUCCACUAUACAAUUUACAUUUCCCAGAGCCCAGACAUCCAAACGGAACAAUUGUACAUAACUCUGUUUGUAAAAUAUCUUUUUAAAGGGGCAUUUAUAUUUUGUACGACAGCUUGAACUGACAACAUUAUGUACAUAUAUCAUCUUGAAGUAUUAUUUCACAUUGAAAAUAAGAGAAAUAUAUUGAUAAGUGUUGAAGUUAAGAGCUUCUUUCUAGUUUUGUACUUUCAUCUAGAAUAAAUAACCAAAGUCAGCAAUUGUGAUUCUUUAACAGCAGUUGCCUUUCCUGCAUUUUAUAUCUUUAAAAACUGCUGCAUAGGAUGUCUUUCAUGUUUCAUAUAGUCAUUUAGUUGGCUAACUUGGUUGCCUAGGCAGAAUGUUCAUUUUUUUCCCCAAACAGAAAAAGAGAGAGAGAGAAAAAAUCCCUAAUUUUUAUUUCAUUAAUGGCAUGAGAACAGCAUGAAUUGUGAAUAGCAAUGAUUAAAACAUUCUGUUUUUUAUUGAAGUAUGGCAUAGCAACAAAUAGCUAUGAAAAGUAUUUGCUGGUUGACCAAAAAAGCGCUUUGGACUUCUGUGUGUAUAUUUGCACACAUACAUAUUUAAAAAUUUAAAGAUACAGCAACUCUUAUGUCUGAUGAGCACUAAUCAACAUAAUACAUCAGUUCCUGUAGUGUUUUUCACAAGGAAUUAGAUGCCACAGCCCAUUGCUGCCUCUGUACAUCAUGUUUUUGGCCCGUUCCAGGCGGCGGGAAUCACCGCCGCUGCCGCCACUCCCCACCGCCUGGAACUGGCCGAAAACACAACACGCAGAAGCCAAAAACAGGCCUUGCGGAGGCUGAAAACGCGACGCAUGGAGGCGGUGAUCAACAGCAAUGUGCUGUGGCGAUCACUGCAGCCUGGACCGUUCCUAAAAUGGAACGUGCGGAGACCAAAAACGGCCGAAGGGAGGGGGCCAGCAAGUGGGCGGGGCUUCA